CCCGCAAACCUCGAAAUCGGAAGCACACGGAGACUCGCCCGCUCACAGAAUUACAUAUAUAGGCCCUACACACCUCCUCAUCCCAUAUUUAUAGGAUAUACCAAAGUCAGGGAAUCGACAAAGUGGGAGAACAGGAACACGGGUCAGGUUAUUCUUGUGCCUGCACACAGCCGGAGAUGCCAGGACCUUACAGCCACUUCGGCAUCAUGUAGGACAUGAUGAAGCCCUGCAAGCCCGUGUUGAUAAGGAGGAGUGAAGUGGAAGGAGUGACGGAUGCUUCCCUGGCCAAAUCUUCAAAUGUUGAUGCCCGCAGGAUGGAGAAACAGACCUUGGUGACGGCUAUCAGUUUGUCCAUGAGCCUGGCAUCACUGGCACUUCUCAUCACCGCUAUCAUGACCGACCACUGGUACGAGACGGACACUACACGGCACAGGCAGAACUGCGACCAGUUCGGGCCGGACGCCAACGACCAGAAGAACCGGCGGAUGCCCAUUUAUCACCUGCCCCUGAUGGACAGCAGCAAUCCUCGGAGGAACCAGGCGCUGCUCCGGGCGAUCCACGUCGGGAGUAGAGAGGAGGAGCUCCUGGAAAACUGGAGGUCAAUUUUGGGAAUGGGAAUUUUAGAAACGGAAUGCGGUCGCCCUCUUUUCUCCACUUACUCUGGACUUUGGAGGAAAUGUUAUUAUCUAGGAAAGGACAGGGACAUCGACAACCUCAUUGCCAAGGGUAUAGCCCAGCGAUGCAUCACCAUCAAGUACCAUUUCUCCCAGCCAAUCCGGCUCCGCAACAUCCCGCUCAACUUGACCCGCACCAUCCAGCAGGAUGAGUGGCACCUCUUACACCUGCGACGGAUCACGGCAGGGUUUCUGGGUAUGGCAGCAGCCGUUCUGUUGUGUGGCUGCAUCGUGGCGUCUGUCAGCUUUGCCUGGGAGAAGAGUCUCACUCAGCAUGUCUCUGGGCUGCUCUUUCUAAUGGCAGGGAUCUUCUGCACUAUCUCCCUGUGUACCUACGCGGCCAACGUGUCCUACGACCUGGCCAGGGUCCCUCCCUUCAUCUACGGGCUGCCCGCGGACGUGGAGCAUGGCUACAGCAGGUCCAGCUUCUGUGCCUGGCUCAGUCUAGGGCUGACAGUGGCGUCUGGAUGCCUGUGCACCACCUUCCCCAUCCUCAGCCAUAGCGGCGGCAAAGCCCAGCAGGGCAAGAGAAAGGCUGCCCCCAUCGACUGUGUUUGACACACACCUUACUGCGUUUGAUAUACACUUUGCUGUGUGUUACACACACACCGAGCCUUAGCAAGGGCCUGCAGGCAGAAAGAGUCUAAGAUGUCUGUGUCUGACACCCCCCUUUACCGUGUUUGACAGACAUGUCACAGCAUUUCACACCUCUUGCUGCAUCUUUCACAUCAACUCUUGAGCUGUAGCAAGGAUCUGCAGACCAACACCCCCAGACACCUGUCUGACACACCCAUAAACAGCUGCAGCAGGCGCCUGGGACUAACGCUGACUCCUGCGUUUUUAGUCUGAAAACACUUCUGCAUCAACCAUGCUUCUACUAGACCCUGCUUCUAAAUCGAGGUCACUUCCAAAGCGUACUGGAAUUAUGGAACCAUAAUAUAUAUAAUAAUAUAUACAUGAGUGCCAAAAGUAUUGGGACAGUGACAAAUUUUUUGUUUUUU